UUGUGACGUCACUGGCCCCGGCGACCAAUCGGUGGCGGGAUUUCCGGAAGCUCGGUCGGAGGAACUGUCUGCCCUUUCUGCUGGGACUGGCCAGGCCUGGGCAGGACUAGAAGCGCCAGGGCCGGAGCCCUGAUCCCCGGAUGAAGAAACUGAGGCCCAGAGAAGUGACGUGACUCGCCAGCGAGUGUCCGAGGCGGGAUUCGAGCUGCCGGGCCUGCGUUUGCCGCCCCACGCUAGGCCAUGAGCCGGCACAGCCGGCUGCAGAAGCAGGUGCUGAGCCUGUACCGCGAGCUGCUGCGCGCCGCGCGGGGGAAGCCGGGCGCCGAGGCUCGGGUCCGAGCCGAGUUUCGGCAGCAGGCCCGCCUGCAGCGGACCGACGUGCUGCGCAUCGAGUACCUGUACCGGCGCGGCCGGCGCCAGCUGGAGCAGCUGCGGGACAGCCGCACCACGGGCAUGGGCGUCUUCGUCCCCGGAGCGCCCCCGCGGCCGCCGGACCCGGACUCGGACCCAGACCCGGACCCGCAGCCAAAGCCUGAGACCGGGACCAAGGAGCGCUGAGAGGUGCCCGGCCCUGGCCCCCCGAAGCCUGGGCCCCCGCGGACCUUGUCAGUGCACCCCCACCUAGCUGGGCUGGACACACUCUCCCCUCCCGUACCUUCCCAGCUCCCGCGGUAGACUGCCCUGGACCGGGGAAAAGGAAGAGAAGAAAACCACAGAAGACCCCCGGUCCCCUCUCCCUACACCCCAAGUCCCCAGAGUUUGACCCAGAUCCUUCCAGGCAUCCUCUUACCCCCAGAGCCCUCCAGUCUGCUCAGAGGGUCCUCAGGGAGGGCCUUGGGCCUGAUUCUGGGGUAACUGUUCUCCGCCCCCCAAUAAAAUGGGCCCCCUUUGCUGAGA